AAUGGGUUCGUGCUAUUUGUUGGGACAACCACAUCUAUAGUAAACCAAAAGACACAAGGCUCAGAGUCCCUCUUAGACCUUGCAGCAUCCACCGGCCUCGCUGUCAUGAUUGUCAUUCUAUCGACAUGCCAUAUUUCUGGGGCCCAUCUCAACCCUUCUGCCACCACUGCCUUUGUUGCACUUAAGCACUUCUCGAGGAAACAUGUGCCAGUAUAUGUGGGAGCACAAGUUGUGGCAUCAGUUUGUGCUGCAUUUGCAUUGAAGGUGAUAUUUCAUCCAAUAAUGGGAGGUGGAGUGACAGUUCUUUCAGGGAAUUGGUGUCAUCCAAUAAUUGGAGUUAAAUUCAUUAUUAACUUCAACCUCACGUUUGUUGUCACUGUUGUGGCCACCGACACUAGAGCGGUGGGAGAAUUGGCGGGAAUCGCAGUGGGAGCAACUGUGAUGCAUAACAUACUCACAGCUGGGGAAACAAAAGGAGCUUCAACGAACCCAGUGAGAACAUUAGGGCCAUUUGGAACAUUAGGACUAGCCAUAGGUGCAAACAAUUACAAAGCCAUAUGGGUCUACCUCAUUGCACCAUUUCUUGCGGCACCCUCUGGGGCCGGAACCUCCACGGCUGUCAAGCUGCCAGAAGAUGGUGACAAUAUUGAAAAGUCUUCACCAAGGAGCUUCAGAAGAUAA